CGUUGUAUUUCAUCACUUUCAGAGUCUCCCUGGACAGAAGAACACCCUCGCACUCUCAUUUCCGAUGCGACGUUUUCACAAGGACGUGACUAUUUGAGGAGGAAACACCGCGACAGUCAUGGCGAGUACUGGCGACUACAGGGGAACUAUUGCCAUUCACAUACAUAGCGAUGCCACAAAUAUUAACGCGGCAGGAAUUGUCUACGGGGGUGUAGGCCACAGGACAGAAAAUGAGAUAAUAAUUAGAAAAGAAGUUGCUCCCAGGGUUGGGAGUUUACAAGGCACUGGAUAUAUAACUACGGGCGGAUCAGGCAGUGCCCAAAGUAUUACAAAUGAAACGAGGUCUCAAGUAAUCAGUGCACAAAGUAUUGAAAGUGAAACGAGGUCUCAAGUAAGGAGUGCACAAAGUAUUGAAAGUGGAACGACGUCUCAAGUAAUCAGUGCACAAGGAACUGAAAGUGAAACGAGGUCUCAAGUAAGGAGUGCACAAGGUAUUGAAAGUAAAACGAGGUAUCAAGUAAGGAGUGCACAAAGUAUUGAAAGUGAAACAAGGUCUCAAGUAAGGAGUGCACAAUGUCUAACAAGAGAGACUUCUUCAGAAGCAGGAUGUGCACAUGAUGAUGUGCAAACGUCUUGGGUGGAAAGUGAGCUAAAGAUUGAACCAGAAACCGCUAAAUUAGGAACUGUAGAAGGCGGCGGGCAGGAACCUCCUGCUAGAGAAGAAACUGGACUCCCCUCAAGGACUGCCGCUGCUGCUGGAGAAGAGACUGGACUCCCCUCGAGGACUGCCGCUGCUGCUGGAGAAGAGAAUGGACUCCCCUCGAGGACUGCCGCUGCUGCUGGAGAAGAGACUGGACUCCCCUCGAGGACUGCCGCUGCUGCUGGAGAAGAGACUGGACUCCCCUCGAGGACUGCCGCUGCUGCUGGAGAAGAGACUGGACUCCCCUCGAGGACUGCCGCUGCUGCUGGAGAAGAGAAUGGACUCCCCUCGAGGACUGCCGCUGCUGCUGGAGAAGGGAGAGGAUGCGGACAUGAUAUUCUACAUGUCAAAGUUAGAGGAACAGAGGCUCUACAUUGUCCAAGUACAGAAGGAUGUAGGACGCAAACCAGAGGUGCAGUAGGAUAUCAGCAAGCGAUGAAGAACUCGGACAAACGUCAAAAAGACAAUGAUUUCCACAGAGCAUGCAAACUGGGAGAUUUGGACCGAGUUGUUCGAAUUUUGUCAGAAGAUCUGGACAACCUCAACCGGAAGGACAGUCACGGAAGAACAGGUCUAAUGGUGGCUGCCUACCAAGGACAUAGAGAUGUGGUGGAGCUUCUCGUGACCAAAGGCGCAGAUCUGACGUCAGUGGACAAAGGUGGCGACACAGUUCUUCACGCAGCUUGUCGUGCAGGCGACAUAAGUAUCGUCAAGUUUGUCCUCUCCAAGGAUGAGUUGGACGUCAACAGUUCCGAUAAAUCAGGGAUGACACCGGCGAUGUCUGCAGCACGCUGGGGGUAUUUGGAUGUCGUGAAGCUGCUCCUCCGUAGGGGGGCAAAGAUGCAAUUAGUUGAUGAUGAGGGUGACACUAUUCUGCAUUACGCCUGUCGUGGAGGUCACGAGGACGUCGUUGAAUGCAUCGUCUCAUCAGACGCUGCUCUUCGUCAAAGCCAAGAACAGGAAUGGAAAGACAGCAGUAAAGGUUGCCAAAGAAGAAGGUCAUCAUGUCCUACGUGAACGUCUCAAGUCUGUCGACUCUGGAUGUUACCUUAUGUGAGUGUUUGUGCAUCCGUGUUGUUGAUGAUGACGAUGCUGGUUUAAUGCCGCACUCAGCAAUAUUCCAGCUAUAUGGAGGCGGUCUGUAAAUAAUUGAGUCUGGACCA